AUGAUCGCUGCAAUGAGACCUGCUGAACACCUCGCGCAUCACCACCACAACGCCCAUGCCGCCAGCGCGCCGUCACCACAACAACCGAGGGGCUCCGUUACUGCUGCACGGAACCAGUCACCAUCACCAAUGAAGAACAACAGCGGCAAGAACAGCCCGGCGAUUGCAAACGCAAAUGCAGGCGCGAAUGCAACCGCCAAGGGCAAGGGAUCGCUGCAGCGUCAGCGAAAGGCACCGGCCAACAAGCAGGCCACAUCUGUCCAGGACAUUUUUGAGAGCAGCAGCAACAACAAUGGAGGGACUGGGCCAAAUCAGUCAACGCCAGGCCUCUUGACGCUCAGCAGGCCGAUUGGAGACGUGGCAGAAGACGAGGCGCCAGCACCCUCGCAGUCGCGCAAGGGAAAGAAGAAGGCAGGCCAGGGCAAGAGCGACGACAAGGACGGCAAGGCGGCCCAGCCACGCAAGAAGAAGGGCGACGAGAAACCUCCGUCGCCGUCGAUGCUCUCCAAGUCGGCGCCUGUAAACGCCUCGGCUUUAGCGGCCGGCGAGACCACCAAUGGCGCCGAGUCGUCGGCACUGACGUGGCAGCAGCAGCUCCUGGCAGGCGAGCCGAGCAAGGGCGCUUCUAUCAAGAAGGCCACCAAGCCAUCCAAGAAGGCAGCCAAGGACAAAGACAAGGCAACUGCCGGUGCAGCCAAGGAGAAGGACAGCCUGACGUGGCAGCAGGCGCUCCUCGGCUCGGGCAAGCCCCGAGGGCCGACGUUUGACGUCUUUGCCGAUGCUCGCGAUGCAGCCACCUUUGGCUCUUCCGGCGCCUCGACACCUACUGGCACUAUCUCCCACAGCAAGGCUGCAGGAAACAAGUCAGGCGCAAAGGGACGCCAGAGGGCCGACAGUGCCGGCGAGGCAUCGAUGAUCAACGGCCAGUACGACCGGGACCACAAGCGGGGCGCCUCGAUGGGCGCCUCUGUCCACCUCGGCAUCAAGCCCUCUUCGUCUGCGUCCCUGUCCUCGGGCGUGGGCGGUGGAAGCCCCUCGACGCCCGUCAAGCUGGCCUACGCCGGCCCCAACUUCCACAACUCGCCCUCGCCGGCGAGCCUGCCGAUGCCCAAAUUCAACAGGGGCACCCGUUCCUCUGCCAAGGGCGGCCCUUCGGCUCUGAGAGAAGUCGGCGACUCGAGCUUUGCGUCUUCUUCGACGGCGUCAUCCAACGGAGACUCAGACGAGGAUGACUCAAGCAUCGACCCCGCUCGCUUCAGGCGCGAGCAGACGGCGCCAGCCGAGCUCACGCCCCAGGCGCACAGCUCGCCGUUUGGCCAGCCGCAGCGGGGCCAGGCCCCCUCGCCGGACCGCUCUGCUACCAUCGAGACGCUGCUGGCUAAGAUGAUGAUGCCUUCGUCGUCUUCAGGCCUGUCGCAGCAGUGA